CCCUGUCAAACGUGAGCUCACUGCAGAGCACUGUACUGUAUGUUGCCAAGGAAACCUAUUUUAGGUUGAGGAUGAGGUGACGAGAAGCUCUACAGAGGUUUAGAGUGCAGCUGCAAAAAGAAACAGCUUUUCUCUAUAAGAAAUACUGCCGCAGCUCGAGGUCGACACUACAGAGGACGACAGAAUUAUAUUUCAACGCUGCCGUCCACAGACAAGCAGGGACAGGUGCUGCAGGCGGAGAAAGGAGGAGCAAAGCAAAGUGGAGACACGCCGAACCGCUUCAGAGGAGGAAUUCUGAAACAGCUGUCCAGCAGACGUCCUGCCUGCGAGAAGCAAACCCUCAAGGGCAGAAAGAGAGAGAGAGUGAGAGAGAGAAGACGAAAACUGCAACACGCUGCACCACCCCAGCACCACCCAGAAGCUGACUAACAGUUUGAGUCAAGGCACCUCCAGGACAGCAAACACAGAGCGAAGAAAACAGGGACAUUAAUCUGCAAAGACACACAAGCAGGUAAAGGACAUUAAUUCAAACAUUGGAGCUAGAUUAUCUUCAGUGAGGAUUGAGGACACAUUUAAAACAGCUUCUCUCUGAGAAUGUAAUCCCUGCCUUUUUACUUUGCGAGACUCCAGCAAGUUUAUCACACAGCUGAGGAGAUCUGAACUUCCACAGUGGUCUUGGUUCCUCUCCAUACCCACUGGACUCUAUAGCAGGGAUGCCUGCCAAAACGCCAAUCUACCUGAAAUCCAACUACAGUAAGAAGGGGAAGAAAUGUCGUCUGAGGGACAUUUUAUCGCCGGAUAUGAUCAGCCCACCUCUCGGAGACUUUCGACACACUAUCCACAUUGGAAAGGGUGGUGAGUGCGACGCCUUCGGCGACAUGUCGUUCCUACAAGGAAAGUUUGAGCUUCUACCAGGGAAAGGUGGUCUUACUCGACCUCAAUAUGGCAUCCACGGGGAGUUCAUGAGAGCUAAUAGUGCCUCUGAUGCAUCUUGCAUCGAAACUCCAUCACCAGUCCUGAAGAACGCAAUCUCGCUUCCAUCCAUCGGGGGCAGCCAAGCACUGACUCUACCUUUGAUCUCCACCACUGUGUUUCCCAUGAACCAGGGCCACCUGUCUGAGCCAUCUACUCCUCAAGCCAGUUCUGAAGAUCUGGAAUUCCUGCAGAUGGAGACCCUUCUUCAGUCCAUCAGCGUCUUUAGGAGUGACCCCAGCCCCGUCCCGGAGGAGGACGAACCUUUGAUCGACCGCAUGGAGAUGCCUGAGAAACCUCUUGCAAAAAAGAAGAUGCACAACAGUGAAAACGAGCUUGAAACAUUUUUGUCCGUCUUCGUUAAUGAGAACGGCGAUGCCAAUGGGAACUUUAACAAUGGUAACAACGGCGAUUCAGUCUUCCAAUACGAACAGGAGAUGUUCGGCAUCAAGGGCGACUGGGCGGACAGAGAUAGUGGCGUGGAAGAGGGUCGACUAUGUGAUUCGGACUUUGAAAUCUCCAAAAGCAAAAGCCACUCACAGGAGUCGCUCACACAAAUCACAGGAUCCCUUUUCUCUCUCGAACUCGACUUGGGCCCAUCCAUUUUGGAUGACGUACUCAAUAUCAUGAAUAAGCCGGUGUCUUAGGCCAUGACUUUCACAGAGAACCAAAAGGGAAUCUAUUUGUUUUGAGCCCAUAAACAUGACAUGGCAAUAUUGAACUGAAGAGGCUGAACUUUCUUUCCCAGAGUAAGUUUUUUGUCUUUGGCUUCCGAGUGUCUUGCACACCUUGUUUUGCAAAAAUUAUGUGACUGACACACAGCCUUUGUGCCUUUUAAGUUAAGUUUAAGCAUGCAUAGCUACUGAUGUUGUACAUGCAGAUCAAAUUAGGCUUAUUUUGUUUACUGUUGUUCAUGCACAAGAUCCACAACAUCAUACAAAAGUCAGUGUGAUAACAUGUACAUUUCUGCAAACAUAUACGAUGUUCCCAUCACAAUACCUUUCAUGCACAGAUGUUUAGAUUGACAGUUUCAUUAACCACACUACCAAACCUUAAAGGCAUAUACCUACAGCAUAUAUGUUUUUACGUUGUGAAGCUAAAUAUGAAAUAAAUAAAUGAAUUAAACAAC